AUGGAACAAAACAACUCGCGUAAUAUGUAUGACGACGCACAAACGGAAAUUGAUACUGACGGCAUUGAUUAUCUUGCUAUAGAAACAAAUGAAAUACAAGGACAAACCAGUACACACCAGGAAACUGAUGCUCAUUUAAGCGAAAAUGAAAAAAGAUAUAGCAAAAAUUCAUCAUCACAAUCUCACAAAAAAAAAUCAAAUAGGCGAUCACGUAACCAGAUUACCGUUGAAACAAAAAAGGAUAUCAUGAAGACAAGCGAAUUACAAGCUCUCUUACCUCGUAGAAGGCGCGUAAAGUAUGAUCCUAAAGGAAAAAGAGCAAAGUAUAGUGAUACGUCAGAGAAUGAUGAUAUUGAUGAAGAUAAACAUUGUAAAAUUGUUGGAUCAUCAAAAAAAAGAACAAAAUAUAAACCCGAUCAAAAGGAGAAAGCCAACAAGAGAGGUGAUGAUGAAAAUUUGGAUGAG